AUGUUCGAAGAAAGGAUCGUCGACUUCAAGCCCUCAGAUGGUUCGAUUCCACUGGUUGGUGCAACUAUCGUGGUUGACCAGUCAGAUCAUCCAGGCGUGAUCCGCGCCGCAAAGGACCUGGCAGAAGACUUUAGCCGUGUGACGAAAGGAGAUCGCAGUCCCCUUGUUCUGGUCGGAUCAGAAGCGGAUUAUGCACAGAUCAAGACGAACACUGCUAUGUUGGUCGGCAGUAUCGGGUCUAGUCCGCUGAUCCAGAGUCUUGCCAAAGAUGGCAAACUUGACACGAAGACAAUUGAUGGAAAAUGGGAGUCCUUCUGCACAAACACCCUCACAGGAUGUUUAGGUGAAUGUGAGAAAGUAUUUGUUAUUGCGGGAAGCGAUAAGCGAGGGACCAUUUUUGGCGUAUACACGCUUUCGGAGCAGAUCGGCGUGUCUCCCUGGUACUGGUGGGCUGACGUUUCACCAAAGCAUCACACUGAGAUUUAUGCGAUCCAAAAGCAGACCGUCCAUGGCGAACCAUCGGUGCGACACCGAGGCAUAUUCCUAAAUGAUGAAGCACCUGCAUUGACAGGAUGGGUGAGGGAGAAAUUUGGGGGAUACAAUUCAAAGUUUUAUGUCACUGUUUUUGAACUACUUCUCAGACUCAAGGCCAAUUUCCUAUGGCCAGCAAUGUGGCCCGGUUAUCCCAACCCAGGAGCAUCUUUCUUCACAGAUGAUCCCCUCAACCAAAAGCUCGCAGACGAAUACGGCAUUGUCAUAUCAACUUCGCAUCAUGAACCGAUGCAGCGUCUUUCAAAUGAGUGGUUUGCUGAAAACCCAGAUGGAAGCUGGAAUUGGUUGACGAACAAACAGAAAAUCACUGAGUUCUUUGAGCACGGUGCUAGUCGUGCCAAGGGUUGUGACUCUUACUUCACACUUGGUAUUAGAGGCGAGUAUGAUAAGAAGAUGCUGGCAGAGGAUCCUGCUUCCGUGGUUCAGGAUGCGAUCGAGACGCAGAGGGAUGUGAUCAAGAAGGUUUAUGGGAGCGAAGACUCUGUGCCUCAGCUGUUCGCCAUCUACAAAGAAGUGCAGUCUAUGUUCGAGACUGGCCGAUUGAACGUCCCAGAGGAUGUGACCUUACUGUUCCAGGACGAUAACUUUGGUACCAUACGCCGACUUCCCACUGUUGAAGAGUCGAAGAGAAAGGGCGGUGCAGGUGUCUACUACCAUCUUCAGUAUGUCGGUGAUCCACGAAGCUACAAAUGGAUUAACACGAACUCUCUGGGCAAAGUAUGGCAUCAGCUCCAGCAAGCCUAUCACCACAACGCAAGAGAGAUCUGGGUUUUCAACGUCGGUGACCUGAAGCCGCAAGAAAUUCCUAUCUCUUUCGCUAUGGCCUUAGCAUGGAAUGUCAACAGCAUCAAGCAUGAUACCUUACCCGAGUUCUUUAACCAAGCAGCCGAACGGGAAUUCGAUGGCGAGCUUGCAGAAGAAAUCGGUUCGAUCUGGCAUCAGCACGAUCGACUGUUGUCAUUGAGAAAGCAUGAGCAUAUUGAGCCGGAGACCUUCUCGAUUCUUCACUACAACGAAGCCGAUGCUAUCUUGAACCGCUGGAAGGAACUGCUUGAGCGUGCAGAAAAGGUGCAUGGUCAAGUCGUGGAUGAACAGAAAGCUGCGUCAUUCCAGCUUCUUCUCCAUCCCACUAAAGCGUCAUACAUAUACAAUGCCCUGCGUAUCAACCAAGCGCGCAACAGGCUCUUCGCCCGUCAGAGGCGCAACUCCGCUAACAAAAUUGCUCAAGACGUCCUGGAUCUGUUCGACGCCGAUUUCGAUCUGUCAGAAGAGUACCAUGCUCUUCUCGAUGGGAAAUGGAACCAUAUUCUGAUGCAGCCGCAUUACGGAUAUGAGGAUACUUGGCAUGCUCCAUCCCGAGAUAUGAUCAGUGGUUUAUCAUUUGUUCAACGACGCCAAAACUCAAAUCCUAUUGUUGGUCAGAUGGGCGUUGCUGUUGAGGGUCACGAGGGUGUUCGCGUCGGACGUAUAAACGAAGAGUCGGAGAGGACGCAUCCAAGCAAGCGAGAUCUUGUUCCUGGUCUUACUUUAGGAUCCAUGAGUCGUUAUGGACCGGACUCAAGAUGGUUCGAUGUUUUUACUCGAGGUGUGCCGACUAUCAACUGGUCUGCUUCGACUCCUCAGUCCUGGAUCAUCUUGUCGCAGACUCAAGGCGUGUUGGUUCCCGGUCAAGAUGACGCGAGGGUCCAGAUCUCCAUCAAGUGGAGUGAAGUACCUGAUAACUUCCAGGAAGAAGUUCUCAUUGAUGUUAAAUCGCAAGAAGGGGAUUUCGAACAGGUGCACCUUCCUAUCGACGGUCGACGAGUUCCGCAGUCAUUUAGCGGCUUUGUGGAGCGAGAUGGUUAUGUCUCGAUCCCUGCCACUGUUAACUCCGGCAAAGAUCCUUACUGCGUACUCCCUGAUGCAGGGAGACUUGGAAGUGGAACAUUGACUCUUGCACCCGGGACCAAGAGCGAGGCUUCCUUUGUAGAGUAUCCGUUCUUUACCUUCACUAAGACUUCCGAGGCAACGCUAGUACUCUAUUUCGGUACAACUCUCGACGUCUCAUCGGAGGAUAUCCUGACCUACGAUGUGCAGCUCAACGCAGACCAGAGCCAUACUUAUUCCUUGCAGAAGAGGACCCCGGAAAGCGAAAAGAAUGCGGCAGAUAAGGGAUGGGCGUCAGCCGAUGGUUGGUUCUUUGCUGCAUCAGAUAAUGUUUGGGUGCGCAAGCAUAAGCUGGGCCCGCUGAAAGGUGGCGCACAUAGUCUCAAGAUCAGACUGGGCCAUGCGAACAUGUUGUUUGAGAAGAUUGUGGUUGAUCUUGAAGGAAUGCAAGAGAGCUACUUGGGACCUCCUUCAGGCGAAUGGUUCCAAGCGGAUCAGUAA